UACUUCUCUCUUAUAAAGUUGCGAGUAACACGAUUCCAAGGCAUCCCAUGGAUAGAGCUCGUCGAGCUGCAUCUGGAACGCUAGUUGGAACGGUUUUGGCUGGAGCUAUGAGGAUUCCAAGGCAUCCCAUGGAUAGAGCUCGUCGAGCCGCAUCUGGAACGCCGGUUGGAACGGUUGGAACGCACUGCUGUGCGAAUCGCUGA